AUGAAUGAUCCGCACGUGCCAUUGUGGAUAAUAUCAACCAAAGAAGGAACUGUUCUUUCAGCUCACUGUGCUGGGUGUAUGGCCGGGCUGGGAGAAUGCUGUUCUCAUAUCGCAAGUGUACUUUUUUAUAUUGAAGUGUGGACGAGAUUAAAUGGGAAGCUUGCCUGCACCCAAGUAAAAUGUACGUGGCUGUUGCCUACCACAGUUAAGCAAGUGGACUACGCGAGGAUAAAAGAAAUUAAUUUUUCUUCUGCAAAGAAACUAAAAGCCGACCUCGAUAAGUCCAUUGAAACGGUUGCUUUCCCUGUUGUUGAUUCAAGUCCACCAUCUCACACCUCCACACCUAAACGUCAAGAAGUGAAAAUGUCAUCAUCUCUAGAACCUUCUGCUGAAGAAAUGUAUGCUUUUUAUCACUCUUUGAGUGAAUGCAAAAUUAAACCAGUAUGUUUAAGUUUAAUUCACCCAUUUGCUGAUUCAUUUAUUUCAAGUACUAGAAACAUUAAGGCGGUGACAGACUUGUUUGAUCCCAAGUAUCUAGAUCUUUCAUAUACUGAUCUUCUAAAGGAGUGUAAUAAAGUACAAUUGAACCUAUCUGAUGAAGAUAUUAAGUCAAUCGAAAGGGAAACCGUGGAUCAGGCCAAAGGGAGUGCUUUUUUUAGACACAGGGCUGGAAGAGUAGGGGCUUCCAAAUGCCGUGCAGCCAGUCAUACAGAUCCUUCACAGCCCUCCCAGUCUCUGGUCAAAGCUAUUUGUUAUCCAGAUAUUUUUCGCUUUUCCACAGCAGCCACAAGAUAUGGAUGCAAACAUGAGGAUAUUGCCAUCGCAGAGUAUGAAAAAACAAUGCGAAAAACUCAUGCUAACUUUGUUAUAACUAAAUGUGGAACAAUUAUAAACAAGAAGUACCAAUUUUUACAUGCCACUCCAGAUUUUCUCUGUGAAUGUGAUUGCUGUGGACAGGGAUGUGGGGAAGUCAAGUGCCCCUACUGCAUUGAUGGAGUUGACUUUGACAGUUAUGUGCAAAAGAAAUCUUCCUGUUUGCAGAAAAAUGAAUCUUGUUUCCAACUCAAAAGAGAUCAUGACUAUUAUUACCAAGCACAACAACAAAUCCAUACAAGUGGGAGAGGAUAUUUAGAUUUUAUUGUGUGCGCCUCAGAUGGGCAAAAAACGAAAUUUUUCUUGGAAAGGCUUGCUCCAGACAUGAAACACUGGGAAACACAAAUUCCCAAACUAGAGACUUUCUGGAGAAUUUGCAUAUUACCAGAAAUAUUGGGAAGAUGGUAUACCCGAAAGAUGGAUUUAAAAGCCCAGCUUUCCCCAGAAGAA